UCGCCUUCCCCUCUCCCUCCCUCUCUCUUUCUCCCCCUGGAUGAAGUGCCGCUCUUGACUCUGCUCUGCGCCUCCUCGGCUGCCGGUUGGGAAUUCACUGAGCUCGGGAGGGUGGGAACCGGUGCCGCUGCCCCGGUCGGUCGGUCGGUCGGUCGGUCGGUCGGAGCCAUGUUUUCCUAUGAGUAUGUCACAGAGGAGCAGCUGGCGGGGUUCGACAAGUACAAGUAUAGUGCAGUGGACACCAAUCCGUUGUCUGUAUAUGUUAUGCACCCAUUUUGGAACUCUGUAGUUAAGAUUUUACCUACAUGGUUGGCACCAAAUCUGUUGACGUUCUCUGGUUUCAUGCUACUUGUGCUUAAUUUUUUUAUGUUGGCCUAUUUUGACUAUGAUUUUUAUGCUUCAGGUGCAGGUUAUGUGCAUGUUCCCAGUUGGGUAUGGAUUGCUGCUGGUCUCCUAAACUUCACAGCAUAUACGCUUGAUGGGGUUGAUGGGAAGCAAGCUCGGCGGACCAGCUCCAGCACUCCACUUGGAGAACUCUUUGACCAUGGCUUGGACAGCUGGGCGUGUAUAUUUUUUGUAGUCACUGUCUAUUCCAUCUUUGGACGUGGGGAGGCAGGUGUCAGUGUUCUUACCCUUUUCUUCAUCCUGUGGGUGGUGCUGUUUUCCUUCAUACUUUCCCACUGGGAGAAGUACAAUACAGGAGUCCUUUUCCUUCCUUGGGGAUAUGACAUUAGUCAAGUGACUAUUUCAAUUGUAUACAUCAUAACUGCUAUAGUUGGCGUUGAAGCUUGGUAUGGACCCAUCUUCCUUAAUUUCCAGUACAGAGACCUCUUCAGUGUCAUGAUUUUGGGAUGUGCCUUUAUCGUCACAUUUCCUGUGAGUUUGUAUAAUGUUUUCAAAGCAUAUAGGUCUAACUCCCUGAAGCACCAUUCCUUUUAUGAAGCCAUGCUGCCGUUCAUCUCACCAGUGUUGCUUUUUGGUCUUUGCACAUUCUGGGUCUGUACAUCACCAUACGAUGUUAUAGAGAAACAUCCAAGAAUAGUAUACUUCUUGGUUGGCACAGCAUUUUCUAAUAUCACGUGUAAACUCAUAGUUUGCCAGAUGAGUAACACUCGCUGUCAACCUCUCAGUUGGCUUCUCCUGCCGUUAGCUACAGGUGUGAUCUUUGUGAUCUCUGGUAUCCUACAAGACAAAGAAUAUCAUCUUCUUAUUGUUCUGACAACAGUAAUAACCCUCGCACAUAUUCACUAUGGAGUGUGUGUGGUGAAUCAGCUGAGCAAACAUUUUAACAUUUACGUCUUCUCACUGAAGAAACCGAAUACAGAAUGACUAGAGGAGGAACAGAAAAUUGGCUUGCAGGCUCCUGAAGUAUUGUAAAGAAUGACUGACCCAGCAGCCUGUGAAUGCUUCAACCAUCACUGCAAACUGUGCCCACCACCACCAUCACCAACAGUAGAAAACAGAAGGUUCAUUCAGAUAGUACUCUAUAAGUAUUAAAAUAUUGUUUUGUAAGAAAUUGACUGAUAAUAAGGGUUUAAUAACUUAAUUAAGUAUGUAAAUAUACAUUAACUGUGCACAAGCAAAGUUUGUGUGCAAUUAGUUGGCACUGGAUUUUUUUUUUUUGAUGUGAUGCUCCUUUCAGUAAAGUUCUAUUAUACCAUUGGCGUCUUCAGUAAAGUAGAUGGUAACUUGUAUCCAAGAAAACAGGCAAGAAAUAUUUCAGCAGUCUUUCAUUUUACAGAUUCAUAACCUAGUCAUGGGCAAUGUGAUUAUGCUUUUGUAAGUUGCUCAUUGGGAGCCCUGUCCACAUCUUUAUUUCAACAUGUGUUCUAAAGGACAAUUCCACCAAACUUAUAAUACUGGAAACUGAAUGUUCUCUUGUCUUUAUAGCCCAAUUGAGCAAUACUGCUGAUUUUGAAAAUUGCAGGUUUUUAAAAAAACUGGAAUAGUAAUAGAGCUUAGUAUUGUAGGAGUUUGCCACAAUCCUUAUUAAAAGCAUGUAUUUAAAAGCUUUUUUGAAUGAGUAAGUUAUAACGUUUAUGAAGAGAAUUGAAUGAAAAUGUAAAGUAAUUUUGAAACUGUUGAUUAUCAGAAACAAAUCAAAACCUCAAAUUGCUGUUUUCACUUUUAUUUCAAGUAUUCAGUUUUGUGGUGGUGAUUGCAUGCCGAUUUUCUACUAUAAAUGAUAGUUUUCUUCAAUGGAGAGAAUUGUGCUUGAAUGAAGAGUAUACUAAAAGUCUCAGAGCAAGGUAUACUUGGAAGGAACAAGCAUGACUAGCAGUAACUGUGUUUAGUUUACAAAACACAAUUUACAAAACCAGAGGUUUUGUACCUAAACUCUGUUUAGGAAAGGCAGUGAAUAUAUUGUGUGUAUUUUUCAUAUUUUGUCAAUUACUGUCAGUUGGGGAGGUGGGUGGGGGAAGGGUGGGGAAAUGUUCAGACAGUCAUGCUUCAUGGUGUAAGAAUUCAUACUUUUGUCAAUCCAGUUUGAUGGAUCCUUGUGUUGAGUACAAUUUCAUCAAUGGUCUCUUUUCCAUAGAGGUACUGUAUAUCUUACUGGUGAAGCUUGUCAUAAUAAAACAUUGCAAUAUUCAUUUUCAUAUUACAUCAGUGUAAUUUCUGUUCAAAAUAUAGUUUGGACCAGUAGAAUAAUAUCAGUUCUAAUAUUUUAUUUACUAUUUCAUACUAUUUUGAACUGGCUUCAUUUUGUUUAAAGCAAUUCAACUGGCCCAAAUUAAUUUGUUGUAAAGAUAAAUUUUAAUUUAGUCAUAUUACACCUUCCAUGCAAUGCUUAGAAAACUAAAUAGUGCAUCAAUUUCAUUUACAAUUCAAAGCUGUAUUAUAGCUGUACACCACAAUUGUAUCAAUAGUUUGUCUCCGAACAUGAAAUGACUGAUUAAACUCUUGUACUAACAUUAUGACAAAACAUCAAAUCCUUUCGUUUAAUAUUUCACCUGUGGUUUGCAUAUGUUUAUUUCUGAUAUUUUAUAUAUAUGUCAGUAUUCUUAGGGGUGAAUACUUAAGUUUCAGCUUUGAUGUAAUUCAGUCAAUUUGAAGCUGAAGUUCAGAUUAUAAGAAAAUAAAAGUGCUUAAUUUGACUAUCCAAUUUUCAAUCAAAACACAUAUUUCAAAGCCCACUUAUGGUUUGUAUUCAGUGUUCGAAGGAGACCGCGACAAAUGGUUUGAAAAUAGACUAGGCUAUUUUAUAUCUCUGAAGGGUAUUUUUCUUAAUCUUCAGCUUUGGUUUUCUGUGCACUUAACUUAUCCCUUUUUGAACUUGUAGAAGAGAUUAUUAGACCCUGAGUGCAUUAAUUCAAAACAGAUUGGAGACAUUGAUCUGGCUGAUCUAGCAAUAGUUUGGAAGCCAUCUCUUGCCUGUAUAUUGUAGAUGUAGGAUAACUGGGCUGCGAGACCUUUGUAAGAAGCUUUCAGUAUCUAAUUUGAAAAGGAACUAUUAGAAAUGCAAGCAGUUGUAUAAGCAUAUUCUAUGCCAUUUCCAGUAAGGUUUCAAGCAUCAACUGAGUAAUUCAUUCAGAAAGUAGCUAUUAUAAAUUGCUGCUUACAUAAUUACUGCAUAAUUACAUAAUUAGAGACAUCACUAUCUGUUUGCUACGGUAAGGUUGCUUGUCAUAUAGCUGUUUACAAUUCGUUUUACUUUCCUCUCCAUCUUCCACCUUCAUUGCAGUAGUGCGAUUGUGUCCAGUGGAACAUUGGUUGAUAAUUGAUUGGUGUGCAACAUUGAUGUGUGAACCAUCUCACUAUGGCUUUCGGUCAUUAUGGGUGCAUGUUCUAUGAAUCAUUCUCUACCAGCCAUCAUUUCAUACAAAAAUAUGCAGGAUACAGUUUCCAUUCUUGCUGUUAACUAAAAAUGGAGCUGUUCUCCUAUUGAUAUGAAUGAAUCUGUGGUUAAGGAGGCUAUUUUAAAUUACGCCGAGUCCGUGAUAUUAGAAGUACAAUUACAAAUUCUGACUUGCAAAAUACAAAAUUACUGGAGAAUGUGCAUAUUCUGGUGGUGUAAAUGGUUUUUUUUGUUGCACACUGUACUCAAAUUUUCAGGCAUUGGGUAAGGGGGUGAGGUGUCCGCAUAACUUGUGUGCCUCUAGGUAUCACAGGAUUUUGCUAUAUUUUUAUAUUAAAGUCACAGUAGUAACCUGCUAAAAGUACAAUGUUCCCCUAAAUUAUAAGCUUGAAAUAUAAGUUUGAUUAACCAGAUGCCGUCUGGAUAAAAUGGUGAAUGUUUUUGCAUUCUCACGAGUAACUUGUGGAACUGACUUCUGUUGAUUUAUGAAAGAAAAAUUUAAUAUUGGACAUUUCCCCAUGCACAAAAGUCUUUUUCUAGAAUAGAUAAUUUAGUGGGUGCAGUUUUUAUCUUGGUCUUUGAUAUUUCUUGCAGGACUGUAGUAUUCUUCUAAGCCUUUUUGUUUUGUUUUAAACUAUGAAAUACAUAGCAGAAAAAAACAAAAGCUUAUCAACCUUGCCUCCAUAUUUUUUUACAGUGACAGUCUAAAUUUUCUAGAAAACUUCAAAUGUUGGAUAUGAAGGGCUGAUAGUCAAUUUUUGACUUUGUUUACAUCCCUAUUUAUUAGCACAAUUAGCUCAACUGUUAUUUAGCUCUGAGGUCUACAAACAUUUUUUAUAUGUAAUUAUGAAAUGGAUGCAGUAACUUUUGCCUUUGGUGGUUUUGGAUGCAAAGGUGCAUGGUUGCUUCCAUGUAUCCUAAGUACCAGAGGUCCUGUACAGUCAGAAUAUUUAAUUAUUUCCACAUGCUACGCUUUAGCCUUUCUAUAAUAUUGACCCUUGACAGAUGUAUACUGGAUUCUGAUGUGCUUUUCAAGCAUGACGUUCCAGUACAAAGUGGAACGUUUCAAUUUGCACAAUGAUUUUGAAAUGUUUGCAAGCUAGUGAAUUAGGAUUCAACUAUAUUGAGAUCUGUCUUCUAUCUUUUGAAAGCAGAUUUUAUUCAUAUAGCUGAUAAAACAUUUUGCUGCUCACUUAAAAUACUGACGUUUUAAAUCUAUGGAUAAUUGUUUAACUGGUUUUAUACUUUAUGUGCAUGCUCUAUAAUUUAAGAAGCCCGAUUACAGUUGAACAUUCAGUGAAGGUAUUCAAUUAUUGUUGAUACUUAACCUUUUAUCGAUAUAAUUAACUUAAAACUGUACAUUGAUAUUCAGAUUAUCUUGUUUAGAUGUGUUCAGCAGUAAUAUUUUACUGCCCUGAUCUUUUGCUGAGAUUAUGAAUGUUUGGGACUGCUCAUUUUCUAUGUCUUCUCACUCCCACGUUUUCAUAUGUUCCUAAUGGUUUACUCUGGAACAAGGGAGUAUGAAAAGUCAAGAUGCACAUGCUCAAAUAUAAAACUUUAAAAAACUUAUAAAACUUUAACUUAUAAAAAAUUAUAAAAACACAUUAAGAAGUUCAGGAUCUGUGUGGAUUUAUAAAAUCAAUUAUCUGAUGAAUUUUUCCCAUUGUAUCACUAACAUGUAUGAUUAAUGUGGAUAAGAUUUAAUAUUUUUUCACCUUGAGAAAGGAGUAAUAUUUAAAAAAAAUAUCCAGGCACUCAAUAAAGUUAUGAACUUUCUUUCCUGAAAAUCUAAAAUGCUACAAUAUUAAGGUCUGCAGUCGCUAUUUUUUCUUGGACAGAAAUAGUUUUAUGAGGGGGCUUCACAAAAUGGCGCAUAAUUUAAACACUUGUGAACAUCUUACAUUUUGACAACCCCUUCUGUUAAAUGGAAAGAUUAAACAACAAAGGUGAAAUAAAUUUGUUAACUGGUUGCAAAUUAAUUUUAAUGCAGCUUUCCAGUCACCUUGUAAACAAUGUUGAAUAUACGUUUUGUCAGAAUUAAUUCAAAUUCUUUCUAAAGCCCUUUAUGACUUUUGUACUCUUUUAACUCAAAGGCUUUCAAUUAGGUGACAGUUUAAAAGUCGCAAAGCAAUGUUUUGCAAACCUUUUGUGUUUCAAGUUUCAAGUGUUUUAAUUAAUUCUUGAACAUUUAUUUUGAUAAAUUUGCGAAUCCUUGGAAGGAAUUUCAUUUAAAGUUUCUUGUCGUGCUUGGCUUUAGCAUUCCUAAUUGGCAUACACACGCUCUGCAUUGUCACAAAGUUAUUUUGUAUUUUCUUUGGUACUUUGAUUCUUAAUCUCUGAUUAUUAACUGAUUUAAUUAUUUGCAUACAUAUCAGAGAUUUCAGAGAAACCUGAUUAUUGCAGGUAGCCUUCUUGAUUAAAGAUUGUUUAAAAAUACUUAAUUAGCAUGGCAUUUUCCCUGAUAUUGAAUGCUAACUCUAAAGAAAGAACAUGCUUAGACUUUGAGAAGAAUGGGAUGCGUACAGAAAAAAUUGCCAGAAAAGUCUUAGUUAUGGAACAUCAGUAAAACAAACUGUCUUAAUGUUUUUUAAGAUUGAGAAAUAUUUUCCCCCAUACAAUGGCAGUUGUCCUAACUCGGUCCAUGUUUUACCCAAGUGCAGAGGUUUCAUUGAUUAGGUAACUAUGAUAAGAGGAAAAGCACUAUUUGCAAAUAGGAUAGAGCAAGCAUCAUUUUACUGAAUGAGACAAAAGGCACAAGAAGAAAAGGUAGAUAACUGCUGCACCUGCUAAUUAGGGGCUCCUGAAGGAAGAUCUGCCUUUAUUAUGAUGGAUGUCUGAUUUUUUAAAACCAGUAACAGUUUAUUCUUGAGAGCAAGAAGCUUUUUGACAAUGCAAAAUUUGCUCUUAUAGCCUUAAAUCAUAUUUUCAAUGAGUUCAAUUCAUUAUCUUGCAAUAUGUAAUCUUAACUGAUUUUUUAAAUUGACUUGUCAUAACUUUUACAAAUGUAUGCACUAUCUGUCAGCCUUGGGAGAGAAUUUUGAAAGAACCAAGAUUGCACUUCAAAAUGAUGUGGUCAUGUUCUUGGUGGUAAAUUUGCAGUGGAUUACCUUGAGUGACUGGUGUUAAUUAUCUUAUUGUAAUGGGGCCAUGUCAAAUUGAGAUGCAGCUGAAGAAUUAAAUAAUCAUUCUGUUCAAUUAAGAUUGUCUGUUAUGAAUGUGUGCUAUUCAUUUGAUUACACUAUCAAUUGCCAACUUGAGAUUAUUCUUAUGUAUAAAAUAUAUCACACUAAAACCGACUACUUAAUUUAUUAUUAUUUCACGAGGAUUGAAUGUCUGACCUGCCUUUGUUUCUGACUCCAUCUUAAUGUUAUGAACAGUUAUUUUGAAGAGCAAGUUAUUAAGGAAACCCUUGCUGCCUUUGCUUGAAAUACCCAUUCUACCUCGUUAGCAUUUAUUAGCAAUAGAAUAACUGACUGAUAUCAGUCUAACUGGUAUUGCUACCCUAACUGGUACUAAUAUCUUCUUUAGAGAUCAUUACUAUUACAAUGCUCUCUCCUGCAAUCAUUACUUUAUUUCUAUACAAAAAUAACAUCUAAACCAGAAAGCAUACAGUAUAAGCUGCAUGCACUUAUUUAUAAACUCUAUGUAUGCAGAUGCUGAGGAACCUGUACAAAUUUGAAACUGUAAACUAAGUAUAUGCUGAUUCAGACUUGCAUUGCAUAAAGCGACACCUUGGUGGUACACAUUCUAUUGUUCAUUGAAUUUGCUGUCAAGCAGUGUCAAAAAAUAUAAGGCAGUAUCCUGUCACAUUGUCAGGGUUUUGUAUUCCACAAUUAGUGCAUUCAUGAUCAAAUUCUGAUGUACUUAUAGUUCAAAAGCAAAAUAUGAUACAAAGUCCAUUGUCUUUGUAUGGUACAGCAAUUCCUUGAUAAUUGUUCUUUUGGUCUAUGUUUCCAAGUCAUUAAAAGAAACACAUUUUAGGUGAUUGCUUUCUCCACUUGAAGUAAUGAUCUACAUUGUAAUAAAUAAGGAAUUCACAGUAAUGUUGCAUACGGCCAAACUUAUCGUGUUCUCAAAGUACAUAGUGCACAGUAUGGCUUGUUGGAAAAUGUAUCUGAGGUCAUUCAACUUUUAUGUCAUAUAGAUAGAUAUAUUACAACUUCCUGAAUAUUUUCCAUAUGCCACCUCUUCAAAAUUCAUGUGUUCAGUUAGUUGCAUUACUUCCACACUGCUAACCUGCCUUUCAUUUUUAACUAAACUUGGCUGGGAACUUCACAUUGCACACAGAAUGUGUCACAUCCAGUGGUCAUUGUGCACUGCUUCAGCAGAAGUACAUCACUGUAGUGGAACCCCACUCCCCUGUGACCAUCAGAAAAAAAUGUAUGUCUGCUGUUGAAUAAGGUCUUUGGUAGCUUUCUUUUAGUUUGUAAAAUGCUACUAUGUUAUUUAUUUAUUGUAAAGACUAACAUUGUGAAAGUUUAAUAAAGCUGGAAAACAA